AUGGUCGAAGCAAUAUUUGCUAACGAAAAAAUGUAUUCUUAUUUGUUCACGUCAGAAUCGGUCACAGAGGGCCACCCAGACAAAAUUUGUGAUCAAAUAUCUGAUGCUAUUCUUGAUUCUUGUUUGGCACUGGACCCCCAAGCGAAAGUGGCUUGUGAAUGUGCAGUCAAGAACGAAAUCGUUUUUAUUUUUGGAGAAAUUAGUGUAAAGGGAGUUAUAGACUACGAGUCCAUUGCGCGAAACAAACUAAAAGAAAUUGGAUACGAUUCUAAAGCUAAAGGACUAGACUACAAAACUUGCAAAAUUCAAGUAAUGAUAGAUGAACAAUCUCCUGAAAUUGCGAAGUCAGUUCACUUAAACAAAAGUCUCGACGAUGUAGGAGCUGGCGAUCAAGGAUUGGUAUUUGGGUACGCAUGUGACGAAACUAAAGAACUGAUGCCGCUGUCUCAUUUGCUAGCAAACAAACUCGCUUUGCGAUUGAGCGAAGUCAGGAAAAAAAAUAUUCUGCGCUGGGUCGGCCCAGACGGCAAAACUCAGGUGACUGUAGAAUACGAACAACAUGAAAAUGAACAACUGGUGCCUAAACACGUCAACACAGUAGUCAUUUCAACUCAGCAUACUCCGGACGUCAGCAUCGAGAAAAUUAGAGAAGACCUCAUAACCCACGUUAUCACCCCAAUUAUCCCCAAACAAUUUUUAGAUGAAAACACACGAUAUAUUUUGAAUCCAAGCGGAGAAUUCACCGUUGGAGGGCCGCAUGGAGAUGCUGGUUUAACUGGACGUAAAAUUAUUGUUGACACGUACGGCGGCUGGGGCUCGCACGGAGGAGGUGCUUUUUCAGGAAAAGAUUGCACUAAAAUUGACAGGUCUGCUGCCUACGCUGCUAGACACGCAGCUAAAUGCCUUGUUGCAAACAAUCUGUGCUCUCGAGUUCUUAUUCAAGUUUCAUACGCCAUCGGAGUUGCUGACCCUGUUUCUAUAUAUGUAAAUUCUUAUAAGACUGCUAAGUCCGGCUUGUCAGACAGAAACCUCGAAACUAUUGUCAAAAAAAAUUUUGAUUUUAGGCCUGGUGCCAUCAUCAAAAGCUACGGCCUCACCGCGCCCAUUUUCAGCGAAACGGCCACGUAUGGACAUUUUGGCCGGCCACAGUUUAUAUGGGAGCAAGUCAAAAAGCUUGAAAUAUGA